UACGCCGGAGCUGUCAAUCACAAGCAACUGCAGGUGCAAAGCUGGGCUCUGGGCUAGCCGCUGCAGCAAGGCUGAGGACAAAACACACAUUUCACGAUGGCGUCUGCAAAUGCCACAUACGGACAGAAGGAGUCCUCAGACCAGAACUUUGACUACAUGUUUAAAAUCCUCAUCAUCGGCAACAGCAGCGUAGGAAAGACCUCCUUCCUCUUCCGCUACGCAGACGACUCGUUCACGCCGGCCUUUGUCAGCACAGUGGGCAUCGACUUCAAGGUCAAGACCAUCUACAGGAACGACAAGAGGAUAAAGCUGCAGAUCUGGGACACUGCUGGCCAGGAGCGCUACAGGACGAUCACCACAGCCUACUACAGGGGAGCCAUGGGCUUCAUCCUCAUGUAUGACAUCACCAACGAGGAGUCCUUCAACGCUGUGCAGGACUGGUCGACUCAGAUCAAGACGUACUCGUGGGAUAAUGCCCAGGUGCUCUUGGUGGGAAACAAGUGUGAUAUGGAUGAUGAACGAGUGGUGGCUACAGAGAGGGGCCGGCAGCUGUCAGAGCAGCUGGGUUUCGAGCACUUUGAAGCGAGCGCUAAAGACAACAUUAACGUGAAGCAGACCUUCGAGCGGCUGGUGGACAUCAUCUGCGAGAGGAUGUCGGAGAGUCUGGACAACAACGACCCGACUGUCACCGGGAAUAAACAAGGGCCACAACUCAACGAGCAGCCGCAAAGGUCCCAUCAGGAUUGCGCUUGCUAAACAACGAAUGCAUACACACACACACACACACAUACACACACACUCUGUCCUGCUGUCCUGAAAUCCACACACAAGUUUCAGUUAUUUUUCAGUUUGUCUCUCGCUCUCAUACGCACAUACACGCAUUUAUUCCACACAAACACACAGCCAUACAGAGGCACACAAAGCUGGCUGCUGAGAUUCUGUACCCCUCUCACUACACCAAGCGCACCAUCGUCUCGAGCCAGCUUUUCCCAAAGCUUUGGUGUUUGCAAAUUAAUAUCACCAGGAAAUCUCUCUUUUUUUUUUUUUCAGUAAUACAGAGAACACAUGAUUAUACUUAGUCAGAGGGGUGACGAAUGUUUAACAGAGAAACAAUCCCAAGUUCUUUUAUACUUGUACGUGUACACACACACACACAGACACUAUGCUGUAUCUUAACAGAAUUUUAAAAGGCCAGUCAAGGCUAGGACUCUUAUCAUUCCGCAUUGAGGUGUUUGUAAUUGGGUUUAAUUGUAAAAGGCUGUGAAGGAGGGACAUUUCACUGCCCCGUCUUCUGCAACCCUCCAGUCCCCCUCAGCACGAACGCCUCAAACCUAAAUGGAUAUAAAUCAUAUCAGAAUUUUUAGUCCCAUUGAAAAUCUAUGUUUGUUGCUGUGGAUAGAGUUGCUGUUUUUUUAAACGUUUUUGAGUUGGUUGGGUGUGGUUUUUGAGCAUGUGAAAUCACCGGUCCGUCCUAGUGUUGUGACUGAGUUUCUACGAAUAUUAAGGUCUAAGUUUGACGUCCAAACAGGGUCAUUUGAAAGUUAAUCUCUCUUUCAAUUUUAAAAUAAACACAACACUCAUGCAUAUCAGUUUGCUAGUUGAAUCACAUCGUUGUAGGAUUCAUGUUUGGCCCUUUCUCAGAUUUUAAGUUGUUUUUGUUUUUUUAACUUCUGUAUUUGAGAGCAGUCUGGAUCACAGUAUCAGUCACUUGGCUGAUCUGGUCAGUGUGGUUUGGUGUUAGGAGCUGCAUAGCCUCUUGGUGCCGCUAAAUUUUAAAUUUAUAGUCUUUUUUACUUUUUUGUUCAGAUUUUUAAGACAUACAACUAAAUAAAAGGAUAAGGGAUGAUAUGAGUGUAUAAAUGUUUGAAAGUCCAUAGAUAUGCAUUUUAAGAUGCAUAUAUAUUAUAUAUAUAUAAUUCAAAUAUACAAUAAGGAUGUUGGAUUCCUGCCUGUGCUUUAGUGAGAGGUGCAUGUUGUUGAUGUUGCUGGUUGACUGGAUGGUUAUUUGUAUGAGCUGUUGACGGCCUAUUCCUAGUCUGACUUGCAGUUUGAGUACUUAAAGGUACCAAGUGGAGCUAAAGGUUUCACAUGUUAAGCUCAUGGCCCCUUCUCAUUGUAUUAACUUUCAUUCUCUGCAUACAAUGUGCAACAUGCGCUCACUAGAAAGGCAUGUGAUUCAGUAUGAGCACUUUGUGCACCAAAGACCCGCCAUCUCCAUCAACUUCCAAAACUUCUCUGUUAUCAUAGUGGAUAUUUUCAUCUUUUAUGUUUGGGGGAACAUAAUGUUUCAAGCAUGUUAAAUGUGGAAUCUAAAGUUAGGGAUUCGUCUGCUCGUGUAAACAGUACAAACCUCCUGUAAGUCCUGCGUUCACUGAUGCGCUGAGGCAUUCAAAAACACACACACACGUUAUUUCGAAAUGUAACUUAUUUAUUUAUUUUAUAUUAUUUAUAACGUAAUUUAUUUUUCAGAUGGUGUUCUUCUAGAUUAUGCGUCGCAAUCUGCUCUCUACUUUUUAAAGAGAUGUUCAAUAGUAUUCAAUUGCUUAAACUCUCCCAGCUUUUGACUGAAAUGUACACGUGUUUACAGUGAAUAUAAAGCUUAAGAUGCCUCCUGAAGAGGAAAGUUAAACAUUCCAGUGAACUUCUUAUCACGUCCACACGGAUUUAGUGGGAAGUUUGUUUGUCUUUUGAUAUCGGUUAUGUAACUUUUAAGACUUGGUAGUGUAACAGCAGACUGUUCUCACAGAGCAAUAGCAGUUCUUUCUUCUCCACACCCAAAUAUCAGCAACACAACCCAGCUGAAGGUUUGAAACACACACAUACUGCGUGUGGGUGUGUGAGUGUACAGUUUGUAUUAAGUUCAAAUGCAGUCUCUUAAUAAUUGUUCUUUCCAAAGAAGUCUCGACAUAAAAUAAAGAGCCAAAAAAAAGAAAAGAGCUUGUUUGACAAACCUGUCUGGUAGUGUUUUUCACUCUGCAGUAGCUUCAGAAAGGGAAAAUGUUUUGGGAAGUAAACUGAAUACUCUGAACACUUCAUUAAAAAAAAAAAAAAAGUUAUUCUUACUGCAUUUUCACUUUUGACUUUUUGUUGUUGAUUUUUGUUACUUUAUUUAUUGUGUUUUGCUACAGCUGUAAACCUGCAGAUGACUUAGGAACAAGCACCAGUCCUGUUCAGCUCUCCUCCUCCUCCUCUUCCUCCCUUUCCCGUCAUAAAUCUUGUAAAUAGGAAUUUUCUGCCCUGUCGGGUAUUUAGUUGUGUGAAUUGUGCUGUAAUUCUGUAAUGCCAGAUUUGCUAAAACGAGGAAUCAAUAAAUAAAUUCUACAAGCUGGA